GCAAGCGUGGCCAACUUCCCCCCGUAUUUCUCAGUAAACGUCAUCAAGAUAGGAGCAGCUGAAACUUGUGUCGGGUUUCAAACAGCAGGUGCAUUUUUGCUAGAAGAAGAACAGCAUGACCGUUGAGCGUAAACUUCUGUAACUUAUUAAAUGAUGGCUCGGCAGAUGUUGAAGCUAGGCUUGGAGUCAGCAUGCAGGACCAUGAAGCGACUGUGAGCAGAACAUCUUACGGCCUGCACAAGCAUGCGAUGCGAAGCAUGGGUGACCUCUCGCUGACCAGCCCGUCACCCAAGGAAAAACGGCAGGCCUGGAUCCAAAGAAGCCGCCACUGGUUCACAGUAAAGGAUGAGCUGGAGGACCCCUUGACUUCGGAGCUCCAGCCAGAUGACGUCUUCUUUGAAGAGCCGGCUUUAAGCAAGACAGAACAAUGGGUACAGAAACACAGCUCCAGGGUGUCCAGAGACCUCUUUCCAGAAGAUUUAAAGCGCCUUUCUGUCGAAUCAUUCUCAACCCUGGGAGCGAGCUGGGAAGACAACUUCAGCCUUGGCGCAGAAGCCACUGAUCUCCUGAACAAUCAAGAUGUCCACACAUCAAGCCAUUGUUCUUUACUUCCUCCUCCAAGAUCUCGACUUAGAGACAGCAUUGACGAAGAGAAAACCCUACCAGGUCUGCAGGAAAGAAUGAUGUACCUGAAGCCAAUGGCACAACUUGGGCACAGCAUGGCUUCCAGUGGCUUGACAUGGGCAACCAACAACACGAUCCCGAGUGUUUCAGAGGUCCUGGAUAUGUGCAUGGAAGAUGCGGAGCAGGUCCUGUUCAAUCUGGGCUUCGGUCAAGAGGAACCCCAGUUUACCUCAAGGAUCCCACCCCGCUUCUUCGACUUCCCUUCCAAGCUUAAAGGAAUCAACUUUCGUCUCUUUUUGGAGUCUCAGCUCUGUAGGCUUAAGGAGGAAGACCCCUCACUCUCACUUGCAAGUCGCUUUCACCAGGUUGAAGUACUCACUGCUACAGCCAAUGCCUUCUAUUCUCUGUACUCCUAUGUGUCCAAGACACCUAUCCAGAAACUCGCCCCACCUGAGUUCUCCUUCUCAAGCCCCACUGAGAAAAUCAGUCAGAGGUUUAGCGUACGGAGUGAGCCCAGAUCACCGGUGGAGAGGUUCAAGGACACCAUCUCCAAAAUGUGCCUGUAUACCAAGGAGCCAGGUUCUCCAGCAGCUUCACCCAGAUCAACCCCACAGAAACGCCACAGCUUGCCCAGCUUGAUAGAGUCAGUCCACGAUUCUACUAAGGUGGGCCUCAGUAUGACAAUGCAGAUGAACUGGUCACAAGAGACUCUCAAAGCAGAUGAUCUGUGUGGGGGCCAUCGUGAACAGUCCAGCACACUUGGCUCUCCCUGCCUUUUGAAGCCUACCGAAGUGAAGAUGCCUGUUAGUUUGGACAGCCCGGGGGAGCAGUCAAACCUACCAACAGAAUUACACCCAAAACCAGUAAGGUUUACUCGAGAUAUGAUUUCUCCCAGGAUCACAGAAAAAGUGUACAGAGAGAUUUUUAAUGUAACAAAGAAAACUGCCAGGUCAUCUGGGCCCACAGAAUAUUUGACACUACAGGCUCAUGAGGGUGAGGCUCUCGUUUCACCUGAGAUAAAUUGUAUAAGUAACAUGUGUGGUGCCACUCUGUGUAGGGAUGCUGAAGAAUUACCGGCGACCAAAGUGAACAAAGCAUACAGCAGCAACAUGCAUGGACUUAACCUUCAAAUUACAUCCUGGUCCUCCGCAGACGAAAACGUUCAAGAUAUACACACUCACCGAACCUGCAUACAGAACGUUGCUGUCAUGGAAACCUCUGAAGGCCCGAUGGACAUCCUGUCGAAUAAAAGAUUUGCUGAGAAGCAAACCAGCUUGAGUCCUGGUGAAAUCCUCCACCGAAGGGGCUGCUGGACGCAUCAGGCUUUAAAGCAGGAGAGCUCUUUUGAAAUGGAGGAGAUUCAGAGUGCCGGAGAGGAGGAAAGCAGCCUUUUGGAAACCAGAAAUCUCAUGACCUCGACCCCAGUUUCAGUUAUGAAGCAUCCCAGAGCUCUCUAUCUUCGAGGGGACAGCAUGCAGUCAGACAGCAGCGGGUUUGUCGAGGAUGAGUUUCAAAACCAAACGCUCCCAAUUGCUCCAGAUGAAUGAAAAGAAGUACGGUCUUCUUUGUCUGUGAGGGAAACAGAUAAGAAAUAAAAUCACAAGACAGUUGGAUGAUGACAGUGAGGAUCAAGGUCGGGGCUGAGAGACGACACCUUUGAAUAUUGUCUUUUGCUUGUGUCAAUUAUUUAUUAUGA